AUGGACAAAAUAGAGGAAAUUAUAGAGCAGCUGGGUAGUUCCAAACCUGGUCAUGAUUUUUUGAUCUGGUUGCAUAGUCCGAAUGGUAGGUUCUCUACUCAGAGUGCAUGGCAAUGUGUUCGAACUUGUUCCCCUGAGGUUCCUUGGGCGAAAUGGGUGUGGCAUAAUGCUAUUCCAAAUAAGAUAUCAGUUACAAUGUGGAAGGCAAUGUAUGAGUGUCUGGCAGUGGAUGAUCGGAUUCAUAAGCUGGGAAUCCCUAUUAUUUCAAGGUGUGAUUGUUGUUCUGCAGGUGGCUAUGAGGACUUGAAUCACGUGCUUGCAACAGGUGAGAUUGCAGAAAAAGUAUGGCAGAUGUGUUCGAUGCAGCUUGGCAUGCCAAAUCUGGCUGGAAGGAGAUGGAGAGAUCGAGUGGAAUAUUGGCACCGUCGGGCUAGGAAUUCGUCUCAGACUGGUCAGAUUUUGGAAUAA